ACUCGCGCACAUGCACUCGCACACCUCCUCUGUAUUCAGCGCACAUGCCCCUUCCUCCUCCUCUUCCUCCCUGUAGAAACCCUUCUCACUCAGUGGACUUAUAGCAGUUGAUGCUCUCUCUCUCUCUCUCUCUCCGUCUCCAUCUCUGCAGGAGAAUCAUCCACCGACCAGACGGACACCUGCCUGCACGCCUGCUUCUCUCCACUCUCCUGCUGUUCGUGAAGCUCCGGACCUCCACACCAGGACCUUCUCGGAUCCCUGGGCGGCUCAAGGACGGAGGCGGGGUCGGUGUAAAGCCUGGAUAAAUAGAUGGAUGCAAAGCCUCAUGUCUCACCUUCGGAAGAGCAUUCAGACUGUGAUGCCUGACCUCUGACCCCUCUGAGAGACACGUCUGAGGAGGAGAAGCAACCAGCUGAGCUCUGAGGAUGGAGGGAGGAGGAAAGGAGGACAGACGAGGAGAAGAGGCUGAAACCUCCUCAAAACUGGGGAGAGCCUCACCAAGAGGAGCUGGGGGAGGGGGAGAUGGCUGCAGACAAAAUGGCCUCAUCAACACUCACCUGCUGGGGGAAGAGCCUCGGGACGCGCUGCUGUCAGUGUACUCGGCUCCUCGGUACCAGAGCCACGUGCUGGUGAAUGCCCCCCCCCAGCAGGAGCACAGUGGGGGUCCUCCUCAGCUUCUGAACCCCAGUGCUCUCCUCCCCCACCAGGUGGUGUCGGCCCCUGGCCUCCUCCUGUGCCCAGAGAGCGUCCUGCGGGCAUGGGGGGAGGCUGGGGGAGGCGGCUGCUGCGAGACCACUUUCAUUGAGGGGCUCGGUCCCGACACCGCCUCCUCGGCUGCUGCCGCCUCCACGAGGCAGGUGCUGCUGUUUGCUGACAGGAAGUUCCUGGACCUUUCUGGGGAGGACACCAAGAUUCACACACUAUCCUAUGACAUCGAUGACGAUGAUGAGUUCCAGGAGCUGGAGAGCGACUACUCCAGUGAAUCGGAGAGCUUCCGGCUGAUGCCCCCCAGAGACCACCUGGGCCUCAGCGUCUUCUCCAUGCUCUGCUGCUUCUGGCCGCUCGGCAUCGCCGCUUUCUACCUGUCACACGAGACCAACAAGGCGGUGUCUAAAGGAGACUUCCACCUGGCCAGCUCCAGUUCAAGGCGGGCUCUUUUCCUGGCCGUGUUGUCAAUUACAAUCGGGACAGGUAUCUAUGUGGGCGUGGCUGUGGCGCUCAUAGCCUACCUGUCUAAGAACCACCACUGGUAGCCCUGAUGUCAGUGAGGGAAACUGCCCAUCAGCUCCACCUUCAUCUUCACCUGGAGCCACGCUCUCAUGUUCCAUCCGUCGGCAGAUUGGCCUGUGGUGGCGAGGUUCUGGAGGACCUCCUGUUUUCACGCAGGGCUCUCGAUGGUCUAUUUAAGAGGCGAACCGGGAGGUCUGAUGGACUUAAACCUGAGACCUUUAAAGCAAACAGAUCCCAGGAUUGCAGUGAGGAAUUGAGGGAGUUUUAAGGAGCAACAAAAGAAGCUGCAGCAGUUUGUGCAUCUGUCUCUGAAAGAACAUCUCCAGUGCGAUUGUCUCAGAAUUAUUUCUCAUCAUGUUUGGUAAUGAGGCCACUUACAUCAGGUGAAAUCUAAUUUAAAAAUUAAGAUUAAAUUCCAUGUUCAUGAACUGAACUUGUAACAAAACUAUUUAAAUAUUAACAGACAAAAAUGUCUCACUAUAGUGUAAAUACAGUUUUUCCAUUCUUGAUUAAGUCAGUCAAUCGUUUAGUUAACUGUUUUGAUAAUCACUUUGCUGUUUCAGUCUCUGCUGCUUGUCUUUAUCGAACUUUAUUUACACCUGCACGUCCUCCCACUGCAUGAACCAUCCUCUGACCCUGGCUCAUUCCCUGUGGAUCACUGCGUUAAUAAAGAAAACAAAACGUGACACGUGACCAAACUGGAAAACAUCCUUCCAUCCAUUCAUUCUGUACACCGCUUAUCCUGAAGAGGGUUGGGGGGGGGGCAAUCCCAGCUGGCACUGGGCGAAAGGCAGGGUACACCCUGGACAGGUCGCCAGUCUACUGGAAAACGCAUGCAAGAAAUGAGAAAGGAAAAAAAGAAAAUCACACUGGUUGCGAAGUGUAGCACAACCAGCUGGACCGACUGAUGCUGGACUGCCUGGAUCCUGUUUGUGCAUUAGGACAUAGAGUCUGGG